UUAAAGUAACAGUGACAUUUGGCAUUUAUGCAAAUUGUGAAUCUAUCAAGAUAUUUAGAAAUUAAUAUCUUAAACAAUUUUACAAUAUAAAUAAAUAUGUGCAUUAAUAAUUGGCUUGUAUGAUUUAAAAUAUUGCUUAAGUGAAAUCGGGCUUGAUGGGCGAUCGACAGCAUAGAACAGAAGAAAUGGCGACGACCAGUACUGCUGUAACGACCGUCCCCGCUCAACUGUCGGAGGAAUCCGUGGAGCGUGUAGCUGUAAUAACUCUGAGGCCGACUCGGACUGAACCUCGGAAGAAGGUUGUCUGGACCGAGGACACAGUCGACAAUGAACACAUGAACAAAAAGAAAUCUAAAUGUUGUUGUAUAUACGAGAAGCCUCGUCGUUUCGGUGAAUCGGACAGCGAAGACAGCGACGACGAAUGCGAGCACUGCUUCGGUCACGUCGAGCGCCGGCACCGACAUCCCCCCGCGAGCACCCCCGCGGCGCAGUUGGCGACAGAGGCGGAGUCGCCGGCGUGUAUAACGUUGCAGCCCCCCGAGCCUUCGCCCCCAGACGGAGCCCCGACACAUACAGAAUAAAACAUAGAUAGAGAUACUUAAACACCGAAAUAUAUUUGAUUAUGUUAAGCGAGUCGUUUAGUUUAAUUGAAGACACGUCGGACUGUUGGUAGGUAAAUAAUAAGUUGUUUUUUGAAACAACCUGAUGUAAUUAGUUUUAGUUUUGUGUCUCUUUCGAUUGUAUUUGAAGAUGACUAUUAAUGAAAGAGACAAUAACCUUUCCUAGGUCACAACGCGGCCAACAAAAGGCCGAUUGAUUCUAUGUAUGUGCGCGUUUCCCGUGAACACUGAACUAUAGUAGAAUUAUUUUGUCCGUGCAGUUUGGGUCAUAAAACAUAGCCCGGCUAGGGCGGUGAGCAAGUUACGCGGGCGCAACGCCGUUGUCGAUAAAAAGAAUUGAGUCAUCGAAGGCAGGUACAGGGCGGCGGGGUGGUAUACGAAGGGUGGUGAGACAUUAUUAUGUUAAGGGGCAUGUGUACUUACCUGCAAAUCAUAGUACAUUAUGUCGAAGAGAAAUGUGUUUUUAUGCAUUCGUUCUCUGAAGUUCUUUAGGGACACAAUGGCUACUCCUUUGUUUUGUAUCAAAACGGCAGAAUUUAUUCAAAAUAAUAUUUGCACGUGUUGUUAUCAACAAUGUGUUAAAAAAAUUCACUGAAAUAAGAAUAGAUCCCGAAAAGUUAUAAUAGCCGGCAAACUUCUUGAGCAUUUGUCGACGUAGUGGGGGUAAGUUUGCGCAUGGUACACUCACGUGCAAAAACAUUAUUUACUCUGCGUCAUAAUGCUAUUAAAUUAUUAAAAUCAACAUAUUAUGUAUUUAUUUAUAUAUUUAUUAGAACAUCAACAAAAAAUAUAGGUUAAUAAUUGUAAUAAUUUAAUCUUGGGGUAAAAUAGAUAUUCAUUCUAUUAAGUCAAAACUAGAGCUGUUGCCAGGUCUUGGUUCAGUUAAAGCGAAGCUGGUAUUUGUAAUUUUUUUUUCGUUAUCAUAAUCUUGACCAUCAUCAUCAUCACUGUUUUCAUCACCCGAGUCGCUAUCAUCGUGAUGAGUCGACAUAGGGCUCAUCGGUGUAGUUUACAACUCGGUCGGUUCGCUCUUCUUUUUUGUCUAUAAUUAAUUAUUUUUUGAAGAUAUUCGAUUCGUAGUAAUCGAAUGUUACUUUUUUCAAUUACCAGCUUCCGAUUACUUUCUGUUUUUUUUUCCAUCUGAAGCCUAACUCUUUCAUAAUUCGUCGUAAGCUUCAUUCCGAGCCAUUAAAAUUUAUAUCUUCUUUAAAUUUUUCGAAGCCUUUCUACGAUACGGAGUUUCGCUGCUUGUUAUGUAGUUAUUAUGAUUACAUCUUUUUAUUACAGAUUGAACGAAACUAUCCAUUCUGGUAACUUUCUUCUUCCCUGAUCUUUUCUUACCCGGAGUCCGAAACACGGCGAGAGCCUUUAGCUUCGUUAAUAAUGCACCUAACAGUACUCACUGAUGUUUUUCUUGCUUCCGAAGUCUGUUUUACUUUUUCCAUAUCAUUCUUCCCCUGUUUUAUAAUGAAGCAAUAUACGUCGUACACAAAUUUUCUACCCUUUCUUUUGAAUACUACACCAGUUUGUCGCGGCAUAGUGUAUUUUUUAUAAAAAAUCAACAAACACUCAACAUAUAGCAAUGGCAACAAAGUCAACAAGCAAAUAAUACAAAUAACGUAACAAUUAAUAACGACAGACUUUUCACUGUUCGCAAGCGUACUUUUGGGAGCAAGCGGAAAGAGGGUGCGGUGCGGGACGCAAGGUUCGACUGAUCUACCAAUAAUGCGCUCGAUACGAUUUCCCCUGCCGUCGCGCCUCACCCUCACCACCAAAGUGAUCUAAAAUUCGGUUCUGCGCAGUCAAGGUCAUUUGCUCAAGAAGUUUGCCGGUUACUAUACAAAGUGUUAAUUUCUGCCAUUCUCGUCAACUCGCUGCGGCGAUAUGUGGUGUAAGUGUUCGAUUAGUGAUUUUUCCUUUUAUUUUUAUCACUAACCCACAAAAUUACAAAACUAAAUAUACUAUCGAUAACGCUUAUCGACAACAAUAAUGCGCAUCACUAUGCCCGUCCAUAAGGCUCGUGAGUGGAAGAGAGAGCGAAAUACUCGCUCUCUCUUCGGUGCGGUGCACGCUCCGAUUUUUUAUGACCCAAACUGCACGGACAAAAUAAUUAUGCUAUAGUGUUUUAAAUACGAUUUUGUAUCAUUCCCUUAUCGCUAUACCCAAUAUCUUAAUAGGUGCAAAUGGCAUCCAUUUUUUUUAAAAUUCAUAUUCCAGAACAUUCGGCAACAUUCUUAACGUGAUUUUUAGUUGUGAAUAAAGUAUGAAUUUAUAAAGCUUAGUGUUUUUUUUUUCUGUAUCAGUACGAUCCUUCUUGUUGAAAUGCUUUUGCAAACGAAAUAUGUCAGAUAUAAUGGAGAUUCUGCCUUUUAUUUUUAUUUAUUUAUUUAUUUAUACUUUAUGCACAAAACAAAACUUGUACACAGGCGGACUUAAUGCCAUGGGCAUUCUCUUCCAGUCGACCAUAGGGUGGUGCAGAGAUAAUGCAUGGUAGGUGCAUUGACAAAAAAAAUAACAAACAACAACAACAAAACAAAAAAAAAAGAACAAACUCAAAACAAAAAUCUUCCUUAAAAAAAUAUCUCAGUAUUAUAGAAUACAUAUACUACAAUUCAAUAUACCUAUGUAUAAAAUAGUAAAAUACAUACAUACACAUAAUUACACACAAUAAUAUACACAUGAAAAUACACAAUUUAGUAUUAUAGUUAAGAAUGGCUAAAAGUAAAUAUAUAUAUAUAUAUAUAUAUAUAUAAUAUAAUAAUAAUAAUUGAAAAAUGAAAUAAACUAGUUUGGAGAUGAUUCUUCCAGUUUUUUGUGGAUGUGUUCGCGAACUUUGAGUUUAAAAUUAAAGCGAUUGCUGAUCAUCCUGAUUUCUUUGGGAAGCGAAUUCCAUAAUAUUAUGGACUGUACAAAGAAAGAAGAAUGUAAAAAAUCUGAGCGAUGGAUAGGACAUUGUAAGAGACGAUUAUGUGAAGAACGUAGAAUUUUGUCAUGGCUUGCGUUCAAGUAUUUAAAAUGCGAUUUUAAGUAAGAGGGUGAAGAGGCAGAGUCCAAAAGAGAAAACAAGGUAGUAAGCGCUCUCUCCUCUCUACGCUGACGGAUCGGUAACCAUUUCAGACGAGUUCGAUGCGCGGACACAUGGUCAUAUUUUCUAAGAUUGAAAACGAAUCGAAUGCAAUUAUUGAGAAGGCGGUCUAGUUUGUUGAGGAGAUCUGCAUUCAGGUCAUAGUAACACACAUCACCGUAGUCUACCAUAGGGAAAAUUAAAGUCUGCACAAGCAUGGCCUUUACAUUUGAUGGUAGCAUAUUUUUUAGCCGAUAGAGAGAUCGCAAGGUCCUGAUGACUUUUUGACUGAUGGAUGUUACUUGCGCUCUCCAACCAAGUGUAGUGUCAAUGUGUAAUCCAAGAUUUUUCACGUUUCGGCUAAAGGGGAUGAUUAUGUCAUUGAAAACAACAGGCGGCAGCUUAAAAUUACUGAUCUUACUCAUAUUUCGAUGGCUACCAACAAUUAACGCCUGGCAUUUGGUAGGAUUCACCGCCAGACCAAACCUAUCGGACCAAUUUUUGAUUGAUUUUAAAUCAUUGUUUAGUUUGGUAAUAGCAUCCGAUAUGUGAUCAACAUCGGUUUGUGCGUACAGUUGUAGAUCAUCGGCGUAAAGAUGAAAUGCACACCGUAACUCAGGGGUGAGAAAAUUUAUAAAAAUUGAAAACAAGAGAGGAGAGAGGACACCGCCUUGUGGGACGCCAGAUUCAAGAUUACACCAGUUUGAUGAGAGUUCGUCAUUACGAACAGAUUGCUGACGUCCCUGAAGAUAGGAAGAGAACCAAUCCAACGCCCCUUUUGAGACGUUGAGAUGAGAGAGGAUGGAAAGAAGGAUAUCGUGACAAACGGUGUUAAACGCGUUUGAGAAAUCAAUCAAAACUAGUAUAGUGAUUUUGGAUUCUUCCAAGCCCACCCUGAUAUCACCUGUCACUUUCAGAAGCGCGGAAAUGGUGCUGUGGCCUGGUCUAAACCCAGAUUGAAAAGGGCUAAUUAGGGAAUUAUUAAAUAUAAAUCGAGAAAGCUGCUUAUGGACACAGAUCUCGAGCACUUUGGAUAGGAAGGGUAAGAUUGAAAUUGGGCGAAAGUGAUUAGGAACAGAAGGGUCAGGAAUUUUAGGUAGGGCACGAACAUAAGCUCUGCGCCAUAGGAAAGGAAACUCUCCAGAGUCAAGAGAGAAGUUAAUAAUAUGAUAAAUUGCAGGUAGGAGACAGUCUAGGAUAGUUAUAAUCAUGCGGCGACAUAUGUUGUCAUAUCCCACCGCAUUAGAUUUAAUGGAAAGUAUCACUUUUCUUAUCUCAGAGGGGGCAACUGGAAAGAGCUGAAAGGGGACAACAUCUGGACGCCUUAGGCCAGACAAAUAAGCUAACGUUUGAUUUUUAGUUAAGGGAUCUAUCACGGAGGAUGUGGAGAAGUGUCGGUUGAGAUCAUCUAAUUGAAUAAUAUUUGGAAUGUCCAACCGUCGCGAUCUGCCGAUACCCAAAGUUCCGAGAAAUUUCCAAACAUCGGCAGGAGAAGAAGAAGCGAUAUUAUCCAGAAUGUGGCGGCGCUUGGCAUUGCGUAUCAUUUGAUUACACCUAUUCCUAGCAGACUUAAAAAGGACCCAAUUAUCUUCGAUGCGAUUCUUUUUGUAUUUUCGAAAAGCGCGAUCUCUGCGACGCAUGGCCAUCUUAACUCCUUCAGUCAUCCACGGUGCAGGCGUUCGUUUCAGUUUUACUUUUCUAAUUGGGGCAUGGAUAUCGUAUAAUUUGAUUACGAUAUUAUUGAAAAUUUCGACUUUGUGAUCAACUGAUGCAGCAUCUACUAGGGGAUCCCAGUUUAUCUCGGCUGCAUCAUUUCUGAGUUUUUCAAGAUCCAUGCGAGCAAAGCAGCGCCUGUGCAGGGUCUUGGGAAUAGGUUUUGGGGAUUUAAGGAUAUAGGUAAGAAAAAUUAGGUCAUGAUGAGAGAACCCUGGAGCAGAAUGUUGACCAUGAGAGGAAACUAAGGAAGGAUUCGAGGUAAGGAUUAAAUCGAGCCAGGUGUCUUCACCGACGGUAUUUAGGUGCGUAGCUUGUAGUUGCAUUAGAUGAAGAGUAGCUGAUUCAAUGAUUUGAAGAAGCUUCUGGGAUCUAGGGGAAUUACCAGAAAGGAUAUUUGUGUUGAAGUCACCCAUGAUGAUAAGAUGUGCGUACUCAGAGCCCAAAGAUUCUAAUACUGUUUCGAACUCAGUAAAGUAAUCAAUAUUAGGGGGACAAUAGGUGACACCAAUUACAGUUUUUACUCUCUUAACACAAACCUCAAGAAAAAGAAACUCCGCACUAGAGUUGGUAGAAGAAGAAGACAAUAUUUUAUAUGGAAACGUGCUGCGGAGAUAAAUGGCCACACCACCUCCUCUACCGACCGUUCUAUCAUUACGGAUAAGAAUAAAACCUGGGAGAGAGAAAGAGGUCGACAGGAGAGUAGGCUUGAGCCACGUUUCGGAUAUCAGGAUGACGUCGACGUUGGUAUUGUAAAAUGUAUGAUACAGUUCGCUAUAAUGACUGGCUACACUCUGUGCAUUGAUGUGGCAUACGUUGAACUGGCAGCCAGAUUUGUGGUCAAAAGUAUGUCGUAAGAAGUCACCCAGGGUGUCGGUGGCUGAACCAAAACUUUCCUCUCCAGAAGACGUACUGGAUUCGUUUGCAGAAAAAAAAGAAUCAUCAUCAGUAUCUGAUACACCUGAUACAAAAGACAUAAAUAAUAAAAUUAGAAGAAAAACAAAAAAAAAAAAAAAAAAAAAUGUGUCUAUGUGUAAAACAAACUAAUCUAUACAAAUAUAUACUAAUCUAUAUUAAUAUAUACUAAUCUAUAUUAAUAUAUACUAAUCUAUAUAAAAAUAAUCUAUAAAAAAAAAAAAAAAAAAACUAUCAAAAAAUAUUAUAAAUAACAAUUUGGUAAGAUACAAUCUAUAUGCAUUAAAAACCAAAGAGAGAAAAAAAAAUUAUUAAUAACAAACAAAAAUGAAUAAAGCGUAUAUCUCAACACCACCUGCCAGCUAACACCAAUAUAAAAUAUAGAAGAUGUAAAUUAAAUUCAGUGAACAUCAAGAAACAUUUAGAAAGCAUUACAAAAUAUAAACAAAAUCCAAAACACAAAACAAUAGAACAACUACACUACGUCUGGUCCCGCAGACUGAAUCUGUGUUUCAAGUUCACCCAUCUUCCGUGUGAAGUUUUCUUCUAAGUUCUUUUGAAUAGUUAAUAUUUCAGCAAGUUGAGACAUGAUGGGCUUGAGUGUGAGGAACAAGAUGUCACUUAAAUGGUUGAAGGUGUACUGGCUGGCGCUUUGCAGCUUUAUUUAUGACACAUGAGCUGCUGCAAACGUUAGUACCAAAUCACAAAUACUUGUGUACAAACUGGAUGUUAAAAAAUAUUGAUAAAAGAUUAUGUUUCUAAUUUUCAAUAAAAUUUUAUGUUUAAAA